CCAUCCGCGGCCUGGGGGUCGAGCUGCGGGGUGGUACCGGGUGCUUUUCAUUCCUCGGUCUCUGACGGCUUCGUAGCGGAUCCUGUCCUGCGAGCAGGACCUGCGGGCGGCCUGAGCCGAGACGAAAUGGGCAAGUUCAUGAAACCCGGGAAGGUGGUGCUGGUCCUGGCCGGUCGCUACUCCGGACGCAAAGCGGUCAUCGUGAAGAACAUUGAUGAUGGCACCUCAGACCGACCCUACAGCCAUGCUCUGGUGGCUGGAAUUGAUCGCUAUCCUCGCAAAGUGACAGCUGCCAUGGGCAAGAAGAAAAUUGCCAAGAGGUCAAAGAUCAAGUCUUUCGUGAAAGUUUAUAAUUAUAAUCACCUCAUGCCCACAAGGUACUCUGUGGAUAUCCCCUUGGACAAAACUGUUGUCAACAAGGAUGUCUUCAGAGACCCUGCUCUCAAACGCAAGGCCCGACGAGAGGCCAAGGUCAAGUUUGAGGAGAGAUACAAGACCGGCAAGAACAAAUGGUUCUUUCAGAAGCUGCGGUUUUAGGUCUGUUUUGUUUCAGUCAUUAAAA